ACGUCGGCUUUGCCGAAGCUACUCGCUUGGGUAGUUUGUUGUUUUUUUUUUUAAAAAGAUUGUGAUAUAAUUUAAGGAAGUGUCGCUUUAAACACUUUUUAAACAACUUAAUACGCAAUUAUAUUCCUUUAAAAAUGUAAAUGUUAAGACUACUAAUAUUAGGAAUGUUCAUAGCUGGUACUUUGAGCUGUAAAUGAAAUUGGCCGGAGUAUCUCGAAAUUCUAAACGCUCUACUGUUGCUAAGCAAUAUUGAGGUUUAAUACUUUGUGCCUCGAAAUAACAGGACGCGAAAACUAUUUGUGAUUAUAAAUACACCUAAAUUAAAAUUACAAAAUGGAGUCAAAAGUAGUGUUGAACAAUAAGAAUCCUCACGAUGAAGCUAAUAUCCUGUCGAAGACGUUUUUAACGUGGAGUUUUACUUUAUUCAAAAGGGGUUAUAAACAGGGCAUUUCUAUCGACGACUUAUGGCAGGCUCGUGGGGCAGAUCAUUCGAAGCAACUCGGCGAUCGUCUUGAAGUAGCCUGGGAAAGAGAGUUAGAAAGAGCCAAACAGACUGGUACAAAACCAUCUUUCUCGAAAGCGAUCAUUCGCUCAUUCUGGCUCGAAUAUAUGAUUUGCGGCAUAUUUGUUGGUUUUCUCUUUAUCGUAUUAUGGCCACUGGUUCCGUUUACACUAGCAUUGUUUAUCGGAUAUUUCUCUGGAGAAAAAUCACCUGAAAAUUAUAAAAACGCUCACAUCUACAAUUUCUUGAUGAACUUUUUGAGUAUAACGACGUCUUUAAUGUUAAAUCAUUUACAACUUAGUCAGGGGAGAGUCGGUAUGCGGAUAAGGAUUGCUAGCUGCUCGUUACUAUAUAGAAAGAUUCUCAAACUUGACAGGACAGGAUUAGCUAAAACCGAGCCCGGUCAAGUGAUUAAUCUGAUGUCAAACGAUGUUAAUCGAUUUGAUUUGGUUGUUUUGUUUUUGAAUUACAUCUGGGUAAUGCCUAUUGUUGUACCUGUUGUUUCGUAUCUCGUCUGGCAGCAUAUAGGCUGGGCCACACUUGCAGCGCUCAUUGUAAUAUUUUUACAAACAGUUGUCGUGCAAGCGUAUCUAAGUAAUAUGCAAGGUGUUCUUCGUGGAAAAAUUGCGAAACGCACCGAUGAGAGAGUAAAAGUUAUGAGCGAAUUGGUGAACGGAGUUCAAGUAAUCAAAAUGUAUGCUUGGGAAAAACCGUUUGAGAAACUCGUUGAUAAACUGAGAAAGCUCGAAGUGCAUUACAUAAUGCGAACGUCCAUGAUCAAAGGUUUUUCAACAGCACUGAGCGUGUUCACGGAGCGUUUCAUACUUUUCGCGGCCAUCGUCGCAUUCGUAGUGAUGGGGGGCGAAAUACGUUCAGAAAUAACCUUCUCAUUAGUGCAGUACUUCAAUCUUUUGCAACUCGCCUGUAACAUAUUCUUUCCCUUGGCUUUAGCAUUUCUUGCUGAGUCAAAAGUCUCAGUGAGUCGUUUGGAGGAAUUUCUGUUGUUGGACGAGUUAGAACAAACUAAGCAAAAUGAGCCUAUCAAAGCCGCAAUGGACUCUAAACUCAUUUUGACCAAUGGAAACGCAAAAGACACUGAUAAAAUUAAAUCGAAAUCAACUGGUUUAAGUUUGACCGGAGUUUCGGCCAGUUGGUCAACUGAUCCAAUAGUCCACACAUUGAGAAACAUUACGUUUUCCGCUGAACCAGGAGAAUUUGUUGGGAUCGCCGGUCUCGUUGGUGCCGGUAAGUCGUCUCUGCUACAAGUGCUCCUGGGAGAACUGAAGCCAUCUCAGGGGACCGUAUCAUUGGAUGGUGCGCGUAUUUCUUACGCAAGUCAAGAGCCGUGGCUCUUCGUGGCGACGAUUAGACAGAACAUCUUGUUCGGUUUACCAUACGAUAAAACACGUUACAAGAAGGUGGUGACUGCGUGCGCCUUGUUGCGGGACUUCGAGCAGUUGCCGGCGGGAGACUGCACGCUGGUCGGCGAGCGCGGCACCAGCCUCAGCGGGGGGCAGCGGGCGCGGGUGGGACUCGCGCGUGCCUGCUACAGACAAGCCGACAUAUAUCUCCUCGACGAUCCAUUGUCAGCGGUGGACACGCAUGUUGGCAAACAUCUCGUUUCCGAAUGUGUGAAUGGAUUGCUGCAGAACCACACCCGCAUUCUGGUCACACAUCAGUUGCACCACCUCAAAACCGCUGAUAAAGUCAUCAUUCUACGUAAUGGAGAAAUUGAAAUGCAAGGAAAAUUCGAAGAGGCGUCACGCUGUCCACUCUUUUCUGAAAUGGAAGAGGAAGAUGAACCCGAUGAAAAAAAUCUAAAACAUCUCAGGAAACGAACUAUCUCCAUUCAGUCCAAAACGAGUGUUAGUACAACACACGAUGGAAGCCAGGUUGAUGUUGAAGAAGAUGAGCAGAAGGAGUCCGAAGAACUAACUGGAUCUGGGAGAGUAUCAGGAUUAGUAUACAUGAGCUACUUCCGUGCCGGCGGUGGUUGGGGACUUUUGUUCUGGACUUUGUUUUCUAUCAUUAUUGCACAAGCCGUGACGUCAAUGAGCGAUAUGUGGCUCACACACUGGAUGAACGACGUGGAAGUGACGUACUUGACACCGACUUUUGAAACGGAUCUCCUUACUGAUCGCAACGAAACGAAUAAUUUAAAUUUAACGAGUGAAGUUCCCACAGUCGUUGACUCGGCCGCCUUCCCGCCAAACUUAACAGUGAUCGGUACGAUCAUGAAAACGGCCAUGGCCAUACAGAACGCGACGGAAACGGAACGUGAAAAUGUAAAUCACUCGUAUUACAUUUACAUAUGGGCGAUCGGAAUUUUGGGUUGCAUAAUAUUAACAACGGCCAGAUCGAUGAUGUUCCUGUGGGUGUGUAUGCGGAGCUCUAUAAAACUCCACAACCAAAUGUUCAGUAAUAUUAUCGCGGCGACGAUGCGCUUCUUCGACACAAACCCGUCCGGACGAGUCCUCAACAGAUUCUCGAAGGACAUGGGCGUAGUCGACGAGAUACUGCCCCGGAUGUUUUUAGACAGCAUACAGAUAUUUAUGGUGAUGAUCGGUAUAUUAGUGAUGGUCGCUAUAGUGAGCCCCUUCAUGAUGCUUACGACGGUAGUGUGCGGGGUGCUCAUGUAUCUGUGGACCGUCGUUUACCUCACCACCGCUCAAGCUGUAAAAAGGGUCGAAGGCAUUUCUCGGAGCCCUGUGUUCUCCCACGUGUCGGCCAGCAUGGCGGGCUUAUCCACCGUGAGGGCUUGUAACGCUGAAAUGAUGCUGGCGGAUCAAUUCGACGAUAAGCAGGACGUACACACAGCCGCCUGGUAUUUAACUCUGGUCACAAACACUGCUUUCUCGAUCUGGCUCAGUCUCAUAUCUGCCUUGUACGUUAUAGUGGUGGCCUAUACAUUUUUACUACUGGAUGACGGAACCACGAAGUCUGGAAACGUCGGCCUGGCGUUAAGUCAAGGUUUAAUUUUGGUGAACAUGGUUCAGUAUGGUAUCAAACAGACAACGGAGGUUAUAUCGCAAAUGACCAGCGUCGAAAGAGUGAUACAAUUCACAUCGCUGCCUCUCGAGAAGACGGAAGGGCCCGCCCCGCCGCCGAGCUGGCCGCAGCGCGCUCGCGUGGUAUUCAAGGAUCUCAAUCUUCGAUACGACAAAGAUUCCGACCCGGUGCUCAGAAACCUUAACAUCAUAAUUGAAAGCGGCUGGAAGGUCGGUGUCGUCGGGCGCACCGGUGCCGGUAAAUCAUCAUUGAUCUCGGCUUUGUUCCGAUUGGCUCCGAUCGAGGGUCAUAUUUAUAUCGAUGAUGUUGAAACUGGAGAAAUCGCUCUUAAAGCAUUGCGCUCGAAGAUUUCCAUCAUUCCUCAAGAACCAGUCCUGUUUUCUGCUACUUUGCGAUACAAUUUGGAUCCAUUCGAUAAAUACACUGACGCUGAAAUAUGGACCGCCCUAGAACAGGUUGAACUCAAAAAUACUGUGACAUCAUUAUCAUCAUCAGUCGCUUCUGGUGGAUCCAAUUUUAGUGCUGGACAACGGCAGCUUCUGUGCCUGGCCCGCGCGGCCCUUGCUAGAAAUAGACUGCUCGUGUUGGAUGAAGCUACCGCUAAUGUAGAUCCGAAUACUGAUGCAUUGAUCCAGAAGUCUAUUCGCAAACAUUUUGCGGACUGCACCGUUGUCACAGUCGCCCAUCGACUACACACCGUUGCGGAUUCUGAUCGAGUUGUGGUCAUGGAAGCAGGCCAGAUCGUCGAAUGUGGCCACCCUUACGAGCUACUUAAGAACGAUAACGGGCAUUUCUCGAAAAUGGUUAAACAAUUGGGUCCCGCCUCAGAGCAGAGCCUUAGAGAACUUGCGCGGGACGCACACGCACAACACAUACAAUACGUCGACGCGGACGACCAGGAUAAAACGAAAUAACUGAACGUUAUUACGUAACAGAAACGUUAAUAUUAUGUAACACACGUACUCGCCUAUUUGUCAUAAUCGUCAUUACAAAUUGAUAGGUACUUCAAUUCUGAAAGUGGCAGGCGGCAUUCCGUUGUGGUGUCUAUGAGCUCAGAUAAUUACUUAACAACAGGCGAGUCGAAAACCGAUUUUAUGUACGAUGUACUUAAUGUGUUAC